AUGGUCGAGCAAAAGUUUGUGCUACGAGCAGCAUUACAUUUUAACUACAAAAUUGGAAAGUCUGCUGCCGAAUCGCAUCGUUCUCUCUGUGCUGCUUUUGGAGAUGGCAGUUUGUCUCUCAGGCAGUGUCAGACUUGGUUUCAACGAUUCCGAGAGGGAGACGAGACUUUGGAAGAUUACGAGCACGGUUCGAGGCCAGAAGUCGUGAACGAAGCCAAGCUGAGGGACGUUAUUCAGGCCGAUCCAUGCCAAUCUGCUCGAAAUCUUGCGAAAAUAUUCCAUUGUGAUCAUGUCACCAUCGAAUGCCAUCUUUUUUUUGAAUUUACCGUCAAAUCGGCAGUUUCUUUUGCACCACCC